UACUGGAAGAUUGGAGGAAACACAACAUUGCCCACCCCUCAUUGGUGGGCGGAGCUGCCCGUCCGGAGUUUGACGUUCUAUUUCAUUUGGACAGUCCUGAGCAGGAGGGGCAGCAGGGUAUGAUGAUGAAUAAGAAUAAUUUUGGAAAAUGAAUAUUCAACUUAAGUAACAUCAUUAAAGAAAUUAUGUUCAGCUUGAAGAAAGUAAUCAGAUAGACCGGAUGAAAAUAUUUAAUACUACAAUAAUCAGAGACGGAAACUCUGCUUGUCUGAAAUUUUGUGAACUCUACAGAAUCUUGUUUAUGGGUAUCGGAUUCUUUUUGUUAAAAUGACUCAAUCAAUACAUCUUAAUCAAAAUCUACCAGACUUAGGGGGUCCUUUUUUAUAUAGAGACCAGGAUGAAAAUGAAAAGACAGCAUAUUCUGUUGAGACUCCAUAUGGCUUCCAGCUUGAUUUGGAUUUUCUGAAAUAUGUUGAUGACAUUCAGAGUGGUCAGACUUUAAAGAAGGUGCCCACCUAUCGCAAACCAAGAGUACCACGGCAGUCAGCAUCAUCUCUGAGGAGCCCAUCUUGCCAGACAGGUGGCUGGACUUCCACUGAAUCACUAACGUCUAGUGAUGAUGGAAGAUCAGGCACUGUAUUUUUCCCAAGGGUUAGGACACAAUCCAAUUCAUCAGAUAACAAGGAAACUGCAAGCUUUCCAAAGUCUAAUCCAGUUUCUCCUACACCUGUUAUCAGCUUACUUCCCCCUCCUUCUCCAAAAUCUCUUUUGAGAAACCAUCGUGUUGAGAAGACUCUUGAAGAGACAAGUAAAAGGCUUGAGCUAGAGCAACUAAAUUUACAAGGGGCAGAAGUACAAAUCAGAACAUGCUCAUCUACAAAUCUUUCUAAACUGGUUGUUACUAGCACAAGUUCACCCAAUCUUACUCAGCUACCACCUUCUUUACCUCUUAGCACAGUUGGGGAGAGCCAUGGAAUCCUUAGCCCAAGCUUCUCAGGAUCUGUGAAAAUUAGUCCUAUCAAUUCUGGAAGAAGCACUCCAGCUAUGAUUUCUUCAUCUCAUCUACAUUUUGUUCGGGAGCAAAUGGCUACAGCUCUCAAGCAGCUGAAGGACCUUGAAGAACAGGUAAAGGCAAUUCCUAUUUUAGAGAUGAAGAUUUCCACUCUGGAAAGUGAAAAGAAACAACUAUUGGCUGAUAUUGAGAAGAAGCGGGACAUUGUUUCUCUGGAGAGAUCAUCCAGUGCUGGAAAUUGCAGUAUUUAUAAAAGUGGCUCUGAGCAAAAUAUUGAACUAUCUUCUGAAACCGGAAAUGAGUUAGAGACAAGUAAAUUAAGAACAACUAAAAUUGCAGAGCUAAAAAGACUUACAGAGAAAUUAGCUGUUCCAGAGAGAAAUAUUAAAAUGAACAAGACUGGGGCUAGCAAAAUAUUAGCUAGUCCUCCAAUGGUGAUGGAAAGACGUUCCAAGUCGAUAGCAGUGGGUGAGGAGAUGGACAUGAAUUAUGCUGUGUUUUAUUAUAAAUCCCAAAACACAAACAGGGAUGUGGCAGUAGGUUGUGAAAAAGAAACAAAAGAUGCUGGAGUUUGGGUGAUUGAAUCAUUGUUAGGAAUGACAUGUGAGGCAGAAAAAGAGAUUGAACUACUUCAGCAUACAGUAGACCAUCAAAGUGGGGUAAUUGGCUUGUUGGAAGGCCACCUGAAAGAAGCAGCAAAUGAACUGGAAGAGUUACGGGUGGCAGUUUUCUCUAGAAAACAGAAAGACAUGGCAGACAAAGAAGUUAUCGCACAUCCUCAAACACUGGAAACAGCUUCUGAAGCAGUGGUUUCUAUGCUCAGCCAGGCAUCUGGAGAACAUUUGAACAUGGUUGAUGCAGGAGUUGAUUGUUCUUCAGAAAUGUUUUGCAUUGCAGUCAGCUGUGUCUCAGAAGCAAAGGAAGUUGCCGUUGGCACAGAUGAGAUGUUAGGAUAUCAGGAAAAAAGCACUCAGGCUGAUUUGGAAAAAAACAUUGAAGCCCAAUCCUCUUUGAGUAGCACCAUAAUAGAAGCUACAAGUAUGCCAAGUGACUUAAUUUUAAAAUCCAAAUGUAAGAUGAUUUUGUUGGCAGAGGAUGAGGUGGAUGUUGCUAAGAAUAACCAGGAUAUUACAAAGCAUGUGGAAAAGUGUGAUAAGACAGAGGAAAGUAUUGCAGUGGAAGAAAAGGUCAUAGCACUCAGCUUGACCACAGAAGGGGGAGAUGAGCAUUGUUUAAUUAUUCAGAACUCGGGAGAGCAACCAGAGGAUAAUGACACUCAGAAGGGAAGCGUUGCAGAAGAAAACAACGCCAAUUUCGGUCAUCAUGGAGCACUUAAAUCAAUCAUGAAAAACAAGGAUGGUGCUUCCAAAAGUCAAAUUAGAGAGAAGAAAAGUCUUCAGUUUGUUGGCAUAUUAAAUGGAGAAUAUGAAAGUACUUCAAGUGAGGAAUCUAGUGACAAUGAAGGUGACAGUUCGUCAGACAAAGUGUCAGAGGACAGCUCAGACAGUGAGGCCUUAAACUAUGAGGAGACCUCAGAGGAAGAGAUGAAUGUAAAUAUGCAGGAUACAGAUAGUGAUAUAGAGGACUGUGUAUUGGAAGAGAAGAGAAAUGAGGAAAAAGCAAAGAAAAGGAAAAGUAGGGAAGAACAACCAACUCAACAUGACACCAAGGAAAGCUGUAUUCUGAGUCAGAAGAUGCAGGAGGCCUGUUUAGUGGUCAGUGUUCAUUUACAUGAACCAAAUGCUGUGAAAACAAAAGAAUCUCUGGCCAGUUCCCACAUUGUGCAGCAGGAGUGGUUUCGAGCCUCCAGUCAAAAAUCCUCUGUGGUUGAAACUGUGGCAGCAUACAUCAAAGCUUUUAUGGAUGUCUCCCCAGAAAUGUUAAGCCAUGUUGUAAAUCUUACUGAUGGCAAUGGGAACACAGCCCUUCACUAUAGUGUGUCUCACUCCAAUUUCUCCAUUGUUCAGUUGCUGCUGGACACUGGAGUCUGCAAUGUUGACCGACAGAAUAAGGCAGGCUACACUGCAAUCAUGUUAGCUGCCCUAGCCGCUGUUGAAAAGGAAGAUGACAUGAAUGUUGUGGGCAGGCUCUUUAGCUUGGGCAACGUUAAUGCUAAAGCCAGCCAGGCUGGUCAGACAGCACUGAUGCUUGCAGUGAGCCAUGGUCGUCAGGAAAUGGUGCAGGCGCUGCUUGUCUGUGGAGCGAAUGUAAACCUUCAGGAUGAUGAGGGAUCGACAGCAUUGAUGUGCGCAAGUGAACAUGGUCGAGCAGAGAUUGUGAAAUUGCUGCUAGCACAAACAGAUUGUGAUGUGUCCAUUACAGAUAAUGAUGGAAGUAACGCUUUAUCAAUAGCGCUGGAAGCUGGACAGAAUGAUAUUGCUAUGUUAUUAUAUGCCCACAUAAAUUUCUCCAAAGUACAAUCUCCGAGUUCGGAUGUAUUAACAAUGGGUAAAGCCUCAAGCAGCCAAGUGAAACCUGAAUAAAUUGAAUGAACAUGGAUGUUUAGACUUACUUUGGCCAUUAUUGAAUGCACAUACUAUUUUUACAGAAAAAAGCACAUUAUGUGUCAACUGUACAGAAAACAAAAGUACAAAUACGCAAUUAUACAAUGUACUCUUUCUUUAAACAUGACUUUUGUGGUCAUUAAGUUAUUGUAGAUUAAGAUAUUUGAUACAGCAGUGUGCAACUGAGUUCAUCUCAGCACAGAAUAGAGCUGUUAAGAAGAGGUCAAAGCACUGACUUAUUGGCAUAAAAGGUGAAAGUAUAUUGUAACUAUAAUGCAAUGCAAACUGUGGUAAAGGUAUAUGUACCUCAUUUAUAAAUAGUGAUUAUCUUCCAUGCAGGCCCGGACUGGCAAUAUGUGGGUUUUGGCAAAUGCCAGAAGGGCUGCUGUAAGGUGCCAUAGACAAGUCACUAGUUAUUGGGCUGGUGGGGAGCUGUUUGGGCCUCUGUGUACUUGAAAUGCCAGGGCCUAUUUUGCUCCCAAUUCAGUCCUGCUUUCAUGUAUUUAUACUUAAAUAUUCAUUUAUAAAUGUAUUCAUGCUUGCCUCUAUACUAGUGGGUGAGAGCAGCAAUACUACAGCAACAUGUGACGCUAACCUUGAGGAUAAAAUCAAUGGAUGAUAUUGCCUAUUUAUGAAGGAGAUGGAAAGGUUAAAUUACUGGAGAUUGCCAAAUGUUAGGUACCCCCGAAAUUAAAAUUGUUUAAAUCCAGUUAGCAGCAAAAACUGCACUGGCUUCUACUUGACUUCUGAGCAACCACCAUGGAGCAAAUUUCUUCAGUUCUUUGUUCAUUAAUGGCCCUGAGUUCAGUGAAAAAUGUAGGUUUUGAUUCUACUGUGCAUAUGCACCUGGUGUGAAGAUAAUGAUCACUCCCAGAGACGAGUUGAAAUGGGUUAUCAGGGGUGGCAAAAAUACGAUCCUCGUACCUUUAGAGCCAAUUUCUGUUUUUUAAACUAGAAACUAAUCGCAAUUGGGCUCUGCACACUAGGCCUCUCCUGGACCUCCGCACAGGUAAUGUAAGUGGGAGAGGGGGGCAGCAUUGCAGGAGUCGUCUCAGGCGGCUCCUGCCUCAGAAACGCCCCCGAUCACUUUGUGGUGCUCACUCAUAAGUACCCCAAGCUGGAGCAAUUUUUUGGAGUAGCCAGCAGAGGCACGUGGGGGGGGGGAAGUGGGGUAAAGAGUGGGGGGUGACGAUUGGCAUGGGGGUUGACAGGUGCUGGGUUCUGCAGUUCUGUCUUGAAUGCAAUCAGCCCAAGGCCCUACAUUGGGUCUGGAGUAUCAAGUAAAUCACUUGGGGGAAUGCCUAACAUAUAGCACCCCCCAGUGAUCUAACCUUUUCUUCUCCUUUAAAGAAGUAAAGUAAAAGAGAAGAAAAGAAAAGGUAAUCUCAAGUAUAAUCGCUUACCUGAGACUCUGGGUUGGUGCACCCGUGCUAAAAACGACACCAGUCUUGAGUACAACACUAUAAGUGACACAUCAUCAUCAUCUUCUUCCACACUUCCUUCUUCUAUCAGGCCCCUGCCUGGGUGCACCUGUGCAUUAGAAAAAAGCCAGCUUGUCCCUCUAGUGUGUAGGCGCACUCGCCUGCGGACAAAAGAAAAGAAAGAUGCAGGAGAAGAAAGCAAUGUAGUGCUCUUACAGAAGUACCCAGUAAGUGAAUGACUGAAGGGCACCCAUCCAAUGAUUAUGCCUUUCCCUUCUUCUUUAAAUACACAAGACUUUUGCCACUGCACUAAGAUAUUGAUACUAUAAGUAGCUGUAUGAAAAUAUGUAUUGUUUCUAUAUACUAAUACCACUAUUUUAAAUUCCAUGUAUUUUGCUGUAUUGCAAUCAGUUCUACCCCACUUUAUUUAUACAUACUGUACUGACAGCAUUUUUGGAAAAAAAUAAAAGCUUUUGAGUUAA